AUGUCUACAAGUAUAAUGGCUGUUCCAGAGUUCAAAGUUUCAUCUCUCACAGGUUCACUUACUCGUCACAAUCCACGGUCAUGCACGUAUCAAACAUGGAACUUAUCGCAACUAACAUCAAAACCAGGGAGAAUACAUAAUGUAUUAUCGAUCAAAUCCGUUGCUUUUCAUGACAAGUUGGCACCUUUCCAAACUGAUCAUAGGACGAAAAGUUUGGAGCAAGUGAAAAGAAGAAGCCAAGAGGCAUUGCAAAAGUCAAGUGAUCCACUGGAAACAUUGGAAAUGAUUGACAGCAUCCAAAGGCUUGGAAUUGGGCAUCAUGUCGAAGAAGAGAUCAAUUCAGUGCUUGGAAGGUUGUGGGAUUGGGACACCUCUCAUGACCUCUAUGCCACAGCCCUUCAUUUCCGCUUGCUGAGGCAUAAUGCCUGGCCUACUUGUUCUGACGUUUUCAAGAAAUUUUUGGACAAGAGUGGGAAUUUUAAGGAAUCAAUCAGCAGAGACACUAGGGGUAUGUUAAGCCUGUUUGAGGCAUCAUAUUUAGGGGCAGAAGGUGAAGAAGUACUGCAGCAUGCCAUGGACUUCACAAGGGCUCAUCUCCAUCACUCAAUCCCAUACCUUGGCCCUGAAGUAGGAAGGCACGUUUCCAGAGCCUUAACACUUCCAAGGCACCUAAGAAUGGCCAGAUUAGAAGCUAAAAGUUACAUGGACGAAUAUAGCCAAUCAAGCAUCAAAAUACCAGCUCUUCUUGAAUUGACAAAGUUAGACUUUGACAUGGUUCAGUUGCUUCACCAAAGAGAAUUAGCAGAGAUCUCAAGGUGGUGGAAAGAAUUGGGACUUGUUGACAGACUUGGUUUCGGCAGAGAUAGACCAACAGAGUGCUUCCUAUGGACAGUGGGAAUUUUUCCAGAACCACAUUAUUCAUUUUGCCGCAUUGAACUUACAAAAACCAUAUGCAUUUUGCUAGUGAUGGAUGAUAUCUUUGAUACUUAUGGUACAUUAGAUGAACUUGUUCUUUUCACCAAGGCAAUCAAAAGGUGGGAUCUUGAUGCGAUGGAGCAGCUGCCUGAAUAUAUGAAGAUAUGCUAUAUGGCAUUGUAUAACACCACCCAUGAAAUUGCGUACAGAAUUCAAAAAAGGGACGAGUUAACCGUUGUUGAUCACUUGAAAAGAACGUGGAUUGACAUAUUUGAAGCAUUUCUAGAAGAAGCCAAAUGGUUCAACAACGGAUACACGCCAACUUUUAGAGAAUAUUUGGAUAAUGGGGUGAUUUCUUCAGGAUCAUACAUGGCCUUGGUGCAUGCAACUUUCCUCAUUGGAGAUGGUCUCUCAAAGGAAACCAUAUCAAUGAUGAAGCCAUAUCCUAGGCUCUUCUCUUGCUCUGGUGAAAUUCUUCGGCUUUGGGACGACUUAGGAACCUCAAGGGAGGAACAAGAAAGAGGGGAUAAUGCUUGCAGCAUACAGUGCCUGAUGAGAGAAAAUAAUAUUUCAGAUGAAAAUGAAGCCAGGAAACAUAUAAGGAGGCUUAUAGGGAACUUGUGGCCAGAGCUCAAUGGUCUUGCCAUAACCACAUCCGCUCUACCUGUGUCAAUUGCGAAAGCUUCUCUUAACAUGGCUAGAACUGCUCAGGUCAUAUAUCAGCAUGGAGAUGAUAAAAGCACUUUUACGGUUGACGAUUAUGUGGGAACAUUGCUCUUUACACCCUCCGCUAGUUAUUGA